CGCUCUGCCAUCAGGCUUCAUUAUUCUCCAGUCGGCUGGCUGCGCCUGGAGUGUCUGAAAAUGGACUCAUCAAAAGAGGUAGCUGCCUCUGAAAAGGAAAGGAAGCCAGCAGGGGAGGAGAGUGAAGAGCCGUCCAGCGAACUCCCCAGCACCUCUUCUGGAAUGUUGACCCUGUCUGGAGAGAAGUGUCGUAGUCGGGAGACUGAGAUCUCUAGGCUGAAGGGGAACCUGGAGGUGCUGAAUGUGGGAAAGAGACCCUUCAUGUUGGAUGUUCCAGCUCUGCUGCUGACCACUCUGGAGGAGCUCACUGAAGAACAGCUGAAUACAUUUCAGUUUUACCUGACUUGUGGCCAGCUGCCUGGCUGUUCUCCCAUCCCAUGGAGCCAUAUGUGGCUAGGUGGCAGACAGAUCAAAGUGAAUCAGAUGGUGGAGAGAUACGGCCCUGAGGGAGCUGUGGGGAACACACUCUGGAUCCUUAGGAGGAUGAAGCUGAAUGAUCUGGCAGAGAAGUUACAGAGAGAUCACACUAGAGAAAAGAAAAUGAUAACAAUUAAUGAACCAUCCAGGCCUGGUCUAGUUUCUAGGGGUGAAAAGAUUGAGGAUUGUGUCCCACUGACUGGCAGAGCCCGGACCAUCAUCAAACAUAAGAAAACCCCAAAGCUGGAGAUGGACUUUUCAACCAUCCUAGGGAGCCAACUGAAGAUGGCUAACAGUCUCAACACAGAGGUAUCUGUGAAAACCCAGGAGAACACCCAGGAGAACACCCAGGGGAACACCCAGAGAACACCCAGGGGAACACCCAGGGGAACACCCAGGGGAACACCCAGGGGAACACCCAGGAGAACACCCAGAGAACACCCAGGAGAACACCCAGGGGAACACCCAGGAGAACACCCAGGGGAACACCCAGGGGAACACCCAGGAGAACACCCAGAGAACACCCAGGAGAACACCCAGGAGAACACCCAGAGGAUGGGUGAGGAGUUGGGAAGAGAAAGGGAUUCUCCUCUCCUCUUGGAUCACCAUCACAUGAGUUCUCCAGAUGAAUUUACACCUGAAAUCCAUGAUCAGGACAACAGGGAAUACUGGUUCCAGUGCCCCAGUGCAGGUCUGUUCCAGUGCAGUGUAACAGGCCUGGUGUUUAGGAUGGAGGGAGAGGGAGAGGUGCUCUAUAGGACUGUCCACUGGAACAGGAGGCUUCUAUCCCAGAAUGGCAAGAGGCCUGCAGGACCCCUGUUCAAGUUUACAUGCCUUAAUGGGUCUGUCUGUCAACUACACCUCCCCCACUGUGAGAUCUACAAUAAGGGUGGAUGUCACUUCCUGUCUGUAGCCCAUGUGACUGAUGACAUUGAGUUUAUCCCUCCUCUUGAGAUAACAGAAACACACAUCAUAAUAAACAUCAGUGGAUUCUCUGCUUAUGGAAACGUCAAGGAUGAAGACUCUCCCACCGUUCCUAUAAGAGCACUUGUCUUGUUGUUCUACAAACCCCCAGUUGUUCCUAAAAAGAGGUCCAUCCUGAAUGUGUUGUUGCUUCCCAGAAAUGUUGUGAUCAGGGAGGUAAGACCAUCUGAAAUGUCAACUCUACUUUGGCUGAAUUCAAUCAAGCACACAGGACAUUAA